CUGCCACACUAAUCAGCCGGUCAAGUAAAAAGUGUAGUAAUUUACAAUCUUGAUCUAGUCCGUUUACUCAAAAAGUGCGAAGCCCAUUUGCAAAAUGCGUCUCACUGGCAAAUACUUCAAAGACCAUCUUAAGAAGAGAGUGUCAAUUAUUGGAAAAGUGAUACAGGAGGAUGGAUCUGUGUGCAAACUCGAAUCAGCUUGCGGUAUGACAGUCACAGUUAUGUGUCCGAACAAACCUGAUCGGCUUCUCAAUCAGCUGGUUGAGAUCAUUGGCACAGUCCAGUCCGCGGAUGCCAUCCUUGCAGAAGAGCACGUGGUCUUCCCGCCUGAAUUCUGCCUUGAUUAUGGACAACGGGGAUUGACAGGGACGUGUGGCCCGCUGCGGCAUUCCAACCAGAAUUUAAGAUCAAUAUAUGAGCGUCAAUGGAGAAAAGACCCUUCAGUGCACGCGGAGGCUAUCGCAGCCGAGCAGUUAUACGGAGGAAAACACUGGAGAGAGGUUGCUUUCUCAGAAGCGGAGUUGAGUACUAGGCAAUAGAUCUUCGCUUUAUCUCCGAACUUUUCCGCAAUACAUACAGAGUGACACACGCAUAGAGGUUCAUAGCUCAAUUGUGCUGUUGUUGGUUGGUAUUCUAUUUAAUCACGAGAUUGAGCGGAUCAGCAGACCGCUCACAUUUCGACGACGAUUCGUUGAUGUGAACAUUUUAAGCUGAUUUUUCAUGUUGCAUUGUCACUAGGACUAGACGGACAAGUGAUCAACGGCAUAAGUUUCCUGUCGAGUCAUACGUGAUAGAAGUGUCAUGCAUUAAAGAAUAAAAAACGACAUAGUUUUAUAAUAAUCAUACUAAAUAAGCUCAAUGGAAUCGUAGAUUUAUAACGAAAUGCUUUGGUUGCGUAUAAAUCAAACAGAACGAGCAGGUGUCAGUUUAGCCUCUAGAACAAGAUAACGUAAAUACAGAAGUUUAGUUUUUGUUCAGCUAAUAACAUGGAAAACUCAAUGUAGUGUUACAGUUGCUUUUAGACUCAUAUUAUUGAAUAUUAUACUAAAGCAUUUUUCUUUAAAAGAAAUAUCGACAAUUAUAUUGUCUAAUACAAUCUAAAACAAACUCAUAAAUUAAUCUUAUAAUUAGUAGAAAAUUCUGGGUAAUUUUCAUGGAUGAGACACUAGUUAUAAAGCGUCCGGUCAUCUUCGUGAACGAACAUGUGUUGUACGGAACUCUAUACAUAAGCGCGGCUAGUACUUGAAAUACAAAAUGAAUUUAAUAACAGACAUUCAGAAUUUUGACUUUAGUUAAGAAAAUCUAUAUUUACACGAAGGUGGGGAGUCUUUUUCAAGAAAUGAGCACCUCUGUGCCAUACAAUAAAUCAGGAAUGCUCAUGAGUCCAGGUGCACAUCUUUAACGCGUCGUUCUUAUUAAUUAUUUCAUACGAGGAAAAUAUUUAGGAAAGAUUUACGACAAAGACGAUUAGAUCUAAACAUAAAUUAAUCUCUGCUGCUAAAGAUUUAGCUUGUACAAUUGAAAGGAAGAGUAAUCAAUUGGGUACCAACAUAAUCUUUUUGGGAGUUGACUUCGCACAUCUUCUGACAAGGACGUGUAUUUCCCAAUAUACCGUUUCCCUAUCGUCGAGCAGUGUUAAGAUUUGGAUAGAACAAUGACUUUGUAUAAGCGAUAAUAGAUCACGAUUCGUUACAACGAAAUUCUCUUUGUAUUUCUAGUUGCAAGUCAUUUCUGGUUGUAAAUAAAAAAGGAAGAAAUAUGUCACUUCUAUAUUCAAGAUUAAAAGUACCAUCUUUGGGCAUGCC